AUGCUGCUUCUCGCUAACCUGUUUAUUCUGCUGUCUAUCAUCUGUUUUCUGCUGAACCUGGCUGGAUUUAUAGUAGGAUGUCAAGGCAUUCAGUUUGUGUCCAGAGUACCCCGAUGCGAUUCGGUGAAUAUGGGUGAUAACAAGAUCUGUUUCUGCUGUGAAGAAUCUCAUCUCACUGGAUGCGCAGGAGAAGAGACUGCACUGAUGCUAUACCGUGUGAUGUUGUGCAGUGUUGCUUACCAUGUGCUCAAGAAAGUUCUCUUUGCACUUUGUGCCCUGAAUGCUAUCACCACCACAGUUUGCUACAUAGCGGCUACCCUGCAUUACUUUGAGAAUUUUUCUACAAGAAGAUCCUGCACUGAUGAAUCUCAGCUUGAAGACCAAGAUGAUGUUUUGGAUCCUGAUGAUUUUGUCCCACCUGUGCCACCUCCCUCCUAUUUUGCAACUUUUGAUUCAUGUGGCGCACCAGUGAGUCGCAGGAUGCUUGGUUCUGAUGUGAUUCCAUUGCCCCAUAGCUAUGGAGCGCAAAUCAAAGACCUGGAAGUGUUCUGCCCUCUGGGUGUACCUCCUCCGUAUGAAGCUGUGCAGAGACGUCUCAGCUGUAGGCAGGAACGUGCACUGCGAAUACGUGUCAUGGAAGUUGUUGUUGAUUUGAGGAAAUUGAGUUACGGGUGGAGCUUUCAAGAUUACUCAGGUGAAGAAAUUCCUGAGUCUUCCAGCAGAGUGAGCUUUUUGCCUUCAAACUCAAGCGUGGUGCCUGAAGAAAACACGCGCAGGAUAGCCUUCAAUUUCUUGUGGAAACAGUCUGAAGUGCUCAGCUGUAAAGCUGCAAUUCAGGCUGAAAUAAAAUCAGAACUCGGCACUGUCACCUUGUGGGAGAAUGUGAGAGCAAGACCUUUGAGGGGAAGAUGCCGGCCUUUGGUAGACUACAAGCCUUACACCAACACCAAACAUCUUGUGGAGUGGAUCCUGGAGGAGCUGACCUGCAUCACGGGCCCUGAAAUAUAUGAAUUGCUGGAAAAUAUCAAGUUUAUUUUAAGAUCAGCUGAGGAACAUAUAGCAGAAGAUAUCACCAGUGCCACCCUCCUUGAGCAGGUGAUGGCACCUGCCCAGCAAGCUGUGCCAUUGAGUGCCGAUGUGUUACCUGGAUUGCUGCACGUGGAGAACUGUGGUGGCCUGAGUAGUUUCACCACAGAUGAUGAGCUGGCAGAGAGGGAGAUGCCGAGAGCAGAAGAUGAACGGCCUUGCAAUCUUAUUGGCAUUGUCAGGGAAACUACACUUUGA